AUGAGAGAAAAGCCCUCCAGCAUCAAGUCCACGCAGUCUUCCAAGAUGCCCCAAGAAACCAAAGUUCUUUCGAGUACAUGCGAAAUAUCUUCUGUCCAGACAACAUCUCCCAGUCUUGCAGCAGAUGCCCCCAAAGAGAAUGCAGAAGUGCAGUCAGAGGCAGUCAAAGAUAAGGAAAGAGAAUAUAUCACUGGCACCAAGCUGGCAAUGGUCAUUGUGGCGGUAACUUUAGUUUGCUUUCUGGUUCUGCUGGACACUUCGAUCAUUGUGACUGCGAUCCCGUCGAUCACAACCCAAUUUCACUCUCUCCAGGACUUGGGGUGGUAUGGCAGUUCGUAUCAGAUUGCCAGUGCUGCUCUUCAGCCUCUGACGGGCAGGGUGUAUACCAACUUUAAGACAAAGUGGACCUUUUUGACCUUCUUUUUUAUCUUCGAACUCGGCUCGCUUCUCUGCGGCCUUGCGAACUCCUCCAAGAUGUUGAUCAUCGCGAGGGCAGUGGCAGGAUUGGGGUCAUCUGGGUUGAUGAAUGGCUCUAUUACUAUCCUCACCUCGUCGGUUCCUUUGCACAAGUCACCUCCGUUAAUCGGGGUGCUGAUGGGCUUUUCUCAAAUGGGUGUUCUUUUAGGCCCAUUGCUAGGUGGUGCAUUUACAGAAUACUCGACAUGGCGAUGGUGUUUCUAUAUCAAUCUUCCUAUUGGUGCCGUUGUCGCAGCGCUGCUCGUCUUUAUCCACGUCCCCGAGCAAACUGCCAAACCAUCUGGGAUUUCGACACUCACCAUCAUCCGCCACAAGCUCGAUCUACUUGGUUUCGCCCUCUUUGCUCCGGCCGCCAUCCAGCUUCUGCUUGCGCUUGAAUACGGCGGAAAGCAGUAUGCAUGGAACAGUCCAACUGUAAUCGGGCUCUUCUGCGGUGCAGCCGCCACCUUCAUCGUGUUCCUGUUGUGGGAGCAUCGCCAGGGAGACGAGGCCAUGAUUCCUCUGUCUAUGGUCAGCAAAAGGCCCGUUUGGUCGAGCUGUCUGAUGAUGUGGACUAUCUUUGCGAUGAUGCUCUCCGCCUCUUAUUGCUUGCCGAUUUACUUCCAGUCUAUCAAGAAUGAGACGCCCAUGAUGAGCGGCGUCUACCUGCUUCCCAGUAUUCUGUCACAGUUGGCACUUGCGGUGAUCUCAGGGGCAUUGAUUGGCAAACUCGGAUACUAUCUCCCAUGGGGCGUGGCCUGUGGUGUCAUCGCCGCCAUUGCCAAUGGCCUAAUCUCGACUUGGACACCACAUACAUCCCCAGCCACAUUAAUAGGAUACCAGAUCCUGCUUGGCGCCGGUCGGGGAGCCGGAUUUCAGACGCCUCUCAUCGCAAUCCAAAACACCCUCCCCACCACCCAAAUCUCCAUCGCCAUGUCCAUUCUCAUGUUCUCGCAAAACUUCUCGGGUGCCAUGUUCCUCACCUUUACGGACGUGAUCCUCGACAACGGGCUCAAGAGCUUGGUGCCCAAGUAUGCGCCCCAUGCUAAUGCCCAAGCCAUAAUCGCCGCAGGGGCUACUGGAUUCCGAAGUGUGGUGGCUGGUCGAGAUCUAGCUGGGGUGCUGCAGGCUUACUCUAAGAGCAUCAAUCAUGUUUUUUAUAUGGCUGCUGCUCUCGGGGUGUGUUGUCUGAUAUUUGCCAGUGGGAUGGGAUGGAAGGAUGUUCGAAUGAAAAAGCCUGCGGCGGGACAGGUUUAG